GGCAAAAGCUUUUUCUCAUAGUGGAUGUUUUAGCCUUCAGGCAUUAAAACUAACACCGCCUCUCUGACACAGAUGUAACUCUUGGCUGAAGAAUUAUACUAUUACAGUUCAGGUGGCAGUACAAUGACAACUGAAGAGAUUUCAUCUCAAACAGCCAGCAGACAAGAGUCAACACACAGAUUGCUGUCUGUGGACAAUGCUUGAGGAUAAAUGUGCAAAACAUACUCAGUGGAGCUGGGAGGAGUUACGGUCAACCAACCCAUGUCCUCAUCAAUUAUGACAUCAUUGACCCUUUCAUUAAACAAUUUGUUUCCUGCUGAGAAAUCCCACCUAUGAACCUAAAAAUAGCAAAACUUGGGAAAUCCAGCCCUAGUUCUUCAGUGGGUUCAGUGGGUGUGUCAUUGUCUUUUGUGGUCCAGUACUGUAUAAAUACAUCAUCAUCAUCACCUACCUUCAAUCAUUCCAUCUCUACACUGAGAUAGGCAAAAGAAGACAGCCUUUCUUCAACUUCGAAUCAACAAACAGAGAUAUCAAGCAUCUUCGUAUCCAGAUUCUGACCAAAAAUUAGCAACAUGCUCUCGACUGUGCAGAAAUCUACAAGAUACCUGUCUGCUUUUUCUGCUGCCCGAGGACUCCAUAAGUCUGCACUAGAUGUGGCAGAGCGUCCUGCCCCUGAGGAAACAGUGACCAGCAGCUUUGGCAGGUUUAUUCAGAGCGUACAACCAAGGCAUCUGUCACCAACCGUGCUGCAACGCAGCAAACGCAUGAUUCUGGACAGCAUCGGUGUUGGGCUUUUGGGAAGCACCACUGAGGUGUUUGAACUUGCCCUUCAGCACUGCCAGCACAUGUAUGCUUCUGAUGACAUCAGCUUCGUCUAUGGGCGCCAAGGUGUGAAGCUUUCCCCAACCCUUGCAGCUUUUGUCAAUGGAGUUGCAGCUCACUCGAUGGACUUUGAUGACACUUGGCACCCGGCAACCCACCCCUCUGGAGCAGUACUGCCUGCUCUCCUGGCUAUAAGUGACAUGUUGCACGAGAACAGCAAACCAAGUGGGCUUGACUUUCUAACCGCCUUCAAUGUGGGCAUCGAAAUACAGGGUCGGCUGAUGAGAUUCUCCAAUGAGGCUCACAACAUCCCUAAGAGGUUCCAUCCUCCCAGUGUGGUGGGCACUCUGGGUAGUGCUGCAGCCUGUGCUCGCCUCCUCUCUCUGGAUCGCAAUCAGUGCAGUAAUGCCUUGGCCAUCGCUGCAUCUUUGGCAGGUGCACCAAUGGCUAAUGCUGCAACACAAUCCAAACCUCUUCACAUCGGAAACGCCUCUCGCCUCGGGCUCGAAGCAGCCCUGCUGGCAUCUCGUGGGUUGGAAGCAAGUCCUCUGGUCCUGGAUGCAGUGCCUGGCGUAGCUGGCUUCAGCGCUUUCUAUGAAGACUAUGCCCCACAACCCAUCGGUUCUCCUGAGAAGGAUGAGCACAACUUCCUCUUAGAGAGACAAGACAUUGCUUUCAAGCGCUUCCCUGCACACCUCGGAAUGCACUGGAUUGCUGAUGCUGCCACUGUUGUGCGCAAGAACCUGGUUGGCCUGAGAGGAGGUAGCAUUUCUCCAAACAUGGUGCAGGAUAUCCUCCUUAGGGUGCCGCUCUCCAAGUACAUCAACCGCCCAUUCCCGGAGACAGAGCACCAGGCACGGCACUCCUUCCAGUUUAAUGCCUGCACUGCCCUGUUGGAUGGAGAAGUCACAGUGCAGUCCUUCCACCCAGAGGCCCUCCAACGGCCCGAACUUCAUGCGCUCCUCUCCCGUGUCCGUUUGGAGCACCCCCAUGACAACCCGGCCAAUUUCAACAUAAUGUAUGGUGAGGUGGAGGUUACCUUGGUAAGUGGAGAUGUCCUACAAGGGCGCUGUGACACCUUCUACGGCCACUGGAGGAACCCACUUAGCCAAGAAAGCCUGCAGAAGAAGUUCCGUAACAAUUCAGGCACAGUUCUGUCCAAUGAGAGGGUGGAGAGGCUGAUCGAAGCUGUCGAAGGCCUGGACCAUCUAGAUGACUGUAAACCAUUGCUAGCUCAACUGCAGUAAACAGCUUGGUGCUUUUAUUACAACAUGACACCAAUAAUGCAAUAUGAAUAUAGAAUUUUUGUGAAACACAACUACUUGUAGAAUUUAUUUAAUAGAAGUACUGCUCAUAACAUGUUAUACUCUCUCUUGAUGUACAUACUGUAGACUAACAGUACAAGCUGUCUUAUUUUCCUGCUGUGCAUUUCUGUUUUCAUGUUUUUACAAUAUUUAUUUACACUAUGACAAAAGUUAAAUAUGUUUGUAAAUAUAGUUUUUGUGUUGUGUGCUCUUUUUUAAAUACUGUAUAAUAGAAUCUUCCUGAUGACUUCUGCUUUAUGUAAGAUGUUGUUUAGAUUGAAACUCAAUAAAUUUCAAAACUUACUUUA